UAAAUCCCACUUUAGAAUGUUUUUUUUUUUUUUUUUUACUCAACGGGAGGUGAAUACUUAUGAUACCCACUGUCAACUGCAUAUCUUUCAUUAGUUUGAUGCACUACAGCAGGGUUGGGGUCAAUUUGAAAAGAAGCCAGUCAAUUAAGGAAGUAAUCUGAAAUUCCAAUUCAAUAAAUUGAAAAAAAAAAUCCUUUUAUUCUCAGUAGCUAUGUUUCCAUUAACUUGUCCAGUGAUUUUUUUUUGUCGACAUUUAGACAGUUUGCAUAGAAAAUAUAUUUGACAAUUGCCUGCUGUGGUGCGUUUCCAUUUAACUAUCUUGUGUCAAUAAAAACAGCUGGAUGGACCUAGUUUAUAAUAGAAAUGACAUGGUUGAAGUGUUUCCAUUACCCAUUUAGGCAAAUUGCUCGUUAAAUAAUUGGCGACCGCCUGUAUGCCCUCCCACCUAUCUGUUUCAUGUCUCAGGUAGCCCGCAAAAGCCAGCAUGGAUAGAAUGCAAGAAUUGACUAAUAUAUGCCAUAUUCUAAUAAUUCUCAUGUGCCAACAUAUCUCCACGGUCUGUGCCAUGACGAAACUUGUAAUUGGAUGGUGAAACUUGCAUCCAGCCAACCUGAAAAGCAAGUCGAAGCAAUUCAGCCAUUCUUGAAAGUCAGGACGAGAAUCCUGCAAAGAAACAUUAUAGUUGGAAAAUAGAUUUAGCAGGCAGUUGGCAUUUAGAAUUAAAUCUAUAUUUGCCUUUUCCAUUACACGUCACAAAGAGUUUUGGGGUGACAUUGCUUUUGUCGCAUAAACCUGGAUUAAUGGAAACCUGCCUAUAGACUUCUUCAAUUCGACUUGACCCCAACCCUGCACUACAGUACCCAUACUGUGCUUUCCUCUCCACUCUCAGACUGUGACACAACUCCAGAGUUGGAUGAGAUUUUGGGGAAAGGCGAGGGAAUGAAAAGUGUUGGCCAGCAACUUUUAUUGCUGCAAGACCAGGUGAGAUGUCCAAACAGGGACCUGGAUGUGGUGUGACUAACUAGCCUAUAGCUAGCUAGCUAAGACAUGAAGUAGAACCUUCAAUGCUAAGGGACAACCAUGUGUGUAGAGGAUGUUUUCAGAGGGGUUCUCAUCCUCUCUACUCUUGGUGGUCUUACUGUUUGUAUUCUCAGUGUUACUGUCUCAUCUAUCCCCUGUUGGCAGCUGAAACAAGUGAGAGAGGAGAAUAGGAAGGUCGUAGAGAACUACACUUCAGAGAGGACCAUGAGAAAGAAGUACUACAACAUGGUGGAGGACAUGAAAGGUAAAAUUCGGGUGUUCUGUCGGAUACGGCCCAUGAGCCGCGCCGAGGCAGCUCAGGGAGGGGCCAUCGCCGUGGGGCGUCUGGACGAUUACUCUGUUACCGUGGAAACCUCAAGGGGGCCGAGAGAGUUCCAGUUCGACCGGGUAUUCAGUGGCGAGAGCUCCCAGGAAGAUGUGUUCCAAGACACCAACAGACUGAUCCAGUCAGCCAUCGACGGCUUCAACGUGUGUAUCUUUGCGUACGGUCAGACAGGCUCCGGAAAGACCUUCACCAUGGUGGGUGACAGAGACCAGAGAAGCCCAGGCAUCAUGCCUAGAGCGUUCAAUGCCGUAUUUGACAUCCUCCAGGAGAAUGCCACCAAGUUUGACUUCAAGGUCUCGGUCUAUAUGUUGGAACUGUACAAUGACCGGCUCCAGGACCUCUUUGUGAGCGGGGCCGAGGCCCAGAGCAGGCGGGUGGAGAUUAAAAGGAACAGAAAGGGGCUUGUGUUUGCCCAGGGAGCAGAGACAAAGGAGGCCUCCAGUGCCGGGGAGCUCUUUGCCAUGUUUCAGCAGGCUUGCGCCAACCGCCAUAACGCAGCCACCAAGAUGAACAUGGAGAGCUCUCGUUCCCACCUGAUCAUUGGGAUCAUGGUGGAGAGCAGGAAUCUGACCAAUGGGAGUGUGAGCUUUGGGAAGUUGAGUCUGGUGGAUCUGGCAGGGAGCGAGAGAGCAGCCAAGACUGGGGCAAAAGACGACCAGCUCAAGGAGGCUAACUCCAUUAACAAGUCUCUGAGUGCUCUGGGAGAUGUGAUCUCUGCCCUGUCCUCGGACCUGCCACAUAUCCCCUACAGGAACAGCAAGCUCACCCAGAUCAUGCAGGACUCGCUGGGCGGCAACGCCAAGACGCUCAUGGUCGUCAACGUCUCGCCUUCCGACUGCAACCUGGACGAGACGCUCACCUCCCUUAUUUAUGCCACUCGAGUGAAGACCAUAACCAACAAUGCACAAAGAAACCUGGAGAGUAAAGAGAUAGCCCAGCUCAAAGAGGUGAUCAUGAAGUUGAGGUCAGGACAGCCAGUGGAGGAUGAGGAGGUCUAAUUCCAGGCUGUGGGAAUUGGAUCUACAGUGCCUUCAGAAAGUAUUCAUACCCCAUGACUUAUUCCACAUUUUGUUGUGUUACAGCCUGAGUU